CAAGUAUUCGGGCAAAAGAGAACGCCAAGGAGAUGUUAUCGCUUCAGCUUACGGGUGGUGGACGGCAACUUCAAUUCAAUGUAUUCCAUUCGUUACACGCUAUUAGAUCGCAUGGACUAAUCUCGAGCUUAGUGGAGCAGCCAGCGAACGUUAAUGACAUUCAGAAUGUACCAGUCUAACAGCUAUAAUAUACAAAGCACCGAGCAACGGGACUUAGGCCUGCCAAUCACAUCAAGAAACAGACACAUAGUCUUUCCCCUCGUGAAAUUCUGCGUUAUGAGUCUGCAAUAUAUUAAACACCGUGAAGAUACCUCCAAUAACCUGGAAGAAGAUGUGCAAUUGAUAGCCAUAUCUGAAGUAAUAUAGUUGUUAGUCAAAUUUUGAUCUGCAAGAUGGCUUAA